UGCCACCUGUCAGUCUCCAUCAAUGCCAGCUGUCAGUGCUCAUCAAUGCCACCUGCCAGUGCCCAUCAGUGCCACUUGUCAGUGCCAGUCAGUGCCACCUAUCAGUACCAGUUAGUGCUGUCUAUCAGUACCAGUCAGUGCCACAUAUCAGUGUGCAUCAGUGCCACUUAUCAGUGCCCGUCAGUGGUGCCUAUCAGUGCUGCCUAACAGUGCCAGUCAGUGCCACCUAAGAGUGCCAGUCAGUGCCAGUCAGUGCCGCCUAUCAGUGCCAUAUAUGAGUGCUGCCU